AUGGCUGUAUCAGAUCCGACGUAUACGGUCUUCAUUCGCCUCCCAUUUCCCAGGGGAGAUUUCGUGGAUCCCCCCGCUGCGAACUGGGACUCGUCCAAAGAUGAGGCACUCUGGAACAUCGUGUCAGAAGUUUCCAAGACGGACAUCGACUGGAAUGAGAUCGCCACGAGGUUUCGCGUUACCGUCGAUUUCCUCCUCCAACAAGUAAACUUCCUCACUGAGAGACACACGUCGCAAGUUCGAGCCCAGCUGCGACGAGCAGCAGCAGCAGCCAAAGGCCCAUCCGCACCUUCGUCCGUGCCAGGCCCGGAAAUAGCGACUUCGGGAGAAGGAAUUCAACGAACGGGCUCGGCUGCCAGUCGAACCAGAGCACCAUCAUCCCUCUCCAUAAGAAAGGACUCCCCUCUUCCACGCGCUGAUGGAAGUGGUCCCGGCACACCACGCCGCGCGACCCCGCGGCCGCAAGCUACACGGAAGCUAUCUUCCAAUGCUGGCUCCGUCUUUGCGACGCGAAACCUCGGAGGCAGUAGCAAGGGUAACGUGAGGUCAGGAGAGACACAGAGGCGGAGACUUUCGUCUCUACCCAUCGCCACCGCUGCCGAUGAAGUCGAGCCUCAUCCCCCCUCCCCUGGGCCGGCUGACACGAGCUCUGCCGCAUCGUCGUCGGAUGAAUCGAGUCCAGCGCAAUCCCGCAUCAUCCGCCGCCCGCCCCGGUUCCAAGCCAACGACGGUAUUCCUUCUUAUGCCGAUGACGAUGAAGACGACGAGCCAGCGUUCAUGCCCUACAAGCCACAAAACGAGGGCACAAGCAGUGGCCAGCAUGAUUUGAGUGCUACUCUACGAGGCAACCUUCCCAGGAAGCUGCCCAAGCAGCACGGCAAGAUACAUCUAUCCCAGACCUCAGACUCAUCGGCAAGCUCGGCUGCGCCUGUAUCCAGGGGCCAUUCCGGGGGCAAAGGGGUUCCUGGUGGUCCGUUAUCCCCUCGCCGAACUAUGGAGCUUGCAGGCAGAAGUCCUAUUGGAAAGGGCAAGGGCUAUUCGAGAGACAGUGACGAUGCCUCUGUCACACAAUCAGCACUGGAGGAAGCACUGGCAAGCAGAAUGCAAGAUGGUGGUAUUGGAAGCCGGAUGAGUACGAUUGGCAAUGUUUUCAGAAGUCGCUACCUUCCGAAAUCCAAUAACCAGUAA